CCCCAAGGCCAUAAUCCAUAGUUUCACCCCUUAAAAAUGAUUAUCUGCUCACAAUGCCCUGCCAGAUGCUGCACCGUGCAUCGGAAGAAGCAAUGACGGACACCAGCUUGUGAAAGCCCGCAGUGGAUGUUGAUCCUUACCUCUCUCUUCGCCUCUCAUGCUACUCGCUCGUUGUAUUCUGUACACUCGAACCCCGCAAACCUGAAUCGACUUCUCACUUCUAUCUUAUAUCCUCAAAUUCAAUCGCCUCUCGCGGCUGCAAGUCAAGCAGUCAAUCUCUUCUUUUCGAUUCACGAUCGAACAGAGGACUUCAUGGACUAUCCCUGGUUUCUGGCCUUAUCGGGACCGCGCUGAAGAGACCUCGAGUCUCUCGCCGGUGAAACUAGGUACUUGCCAUGAUGCCUUUGAAGUCUGGUCCGCACGACGUGAUCCAGGAGCAGAAGCCGUUAGAAGUCCCUACAGUGAAGCCGGAAGGGCAGCAGAAGAGAUGGGUGAAGAGGUACCGAACAGAGAUCGCUGCGAGCUCUGCCAGUGUACUGUCAACGUUUGCUGCCUUCCCCCUUGACAGCAUAAAGACUCGAAUGCAAACCUACAGAUACGAUAGUUUCACGGACUGCGUUCGACAUACGUACAAGACGGAGAAAUUAGGAGGUUUCUUCAGAGGAGUUGCUGCGCCUAUGGCAUCGGUGACACUGGUGCGGACUAUAUCGUUCUCUGUCUACCAAAAGUCCAAGUAUACAUACGCUGCAUGGUUCAAACAGAACUUUGGAUUCGACCCCUUGAUUCAUGUCAACACUCCGGGGACAUACCCCACAUUUUCCACAAUUGCAUGCUUUGGGGCAGCAGGGGCAACGGCCGGGUCAUUCAUCACACUGGUUGCUUGUCCAUUCGAAUUGACCAAGCUCAGUGCUCAGGUGUCAGUCCUCAUGGCUGAUAGCACUGGGGUCUCGAGUGUAUCCGACCCUCUGAACGGCAAGACUGUUGCUGCUAGCUAUCAGAAUAAGGGCACUUUCAAGACGGCGAAGAACAUUGUCAAGCACCGCGGAAUCGCUGGGCUGUAUUCUGGCUUCAAUCUCCAUCUUCUGCGAGAUACGCUGGGCACGGCAAUCUACUUUAUGACCUAUGAGAGCUGCAAGCAGCUACUGACAACAUUCCGUGGAGACAAAUCCCCCACCAAUCCCGUCUCUGUUGUUCUCGCAGGUGGCUUAUGUGGAGUGGCCAGCUGGGCUCUCAUCUACCCAAUCGAUUCUGCCAAAUCGAUAUACCAGAGAAACUGUCUCACACACUGCAAAGGGGAAAAGGUCGAGAAAGCACCAAAGAUUGAAUUCUUCAAUAAAAGAAUGUACCGUGGUCUAGGAGUUUCAAUGGGUCGAUCGUGUGUUGUAAACUCUAUUUUCUUUUCGGCUUUCGAGUUCAUCAAGAAGCAGAUCAAUGCUAUUGAUAACUGAGUCAUGGAGCAUCUGACUGUUUUUCCAUUCGAAUACUUGUAUUGGCUAUAUUGUGACAUGAAGAUCAUGUCUGUAAAUAGACGAGAGAAACGGGUUGGGAAAUGUCACGAUCUUAGCCAAAGAGAGUCUUGAGAUUACCUCUUUGUAACUAGAUUGGAUAUCAUAGGAUAGGGAGAGAAGGCACAAUCUCAAACAUGAGAUUGAGGACUAGUCCAUCAGGAGGACAAUUAUCUGCAUUACUGGAGAUCAAACAUUAUAUCCAAAAUUGAAAACCCAGCAUCUGUACCUAGUACAGCAAAUCAAUCAAAUCAAAUCAUUUGAG